AUGCACUGAGUCUGAAACUCCCCGGGAGAGACCGAAGGAGGAAGAUGGCGGCAACUGACCGUUCCCGGUCCGAAGCUGCAAAGCAGCGGCGGCAGGAUCAGCUGCAGCGGUGGCGGGGCUCGGAGACGGAUCGGACCGGGGCGGAGGCGAGGAGCCUGUGCUCCGCUCCCGGAAACCGACGGGCCCGAGUGCGCUUCGCCCAGGGCGCUGUGUUCAUGGCCGCCUGCUCCGCCGGGGACCGGGAGGAGGUGGCGGAGCUCCUGCGACAGGGAGCAGAUAUCAACCACGCCAAUAUAGACGGGCUGACGGCGCUGCAUCAGGUAUCUGGAGCAUGUAUAGAUGUGGACCAGGCCAGGAGAGACGAGGAGAGAGUGAUGCUCCAGGAUGCCAUGGCCGUGUUGGCAGGAAGUGGCUCUCUGGUCCCUCAUCCGAACACUCAGGCCACAGCGCUGCAUGUCGCUGCUGCUAAAGGAUACAUUGAGGUGUUAAAGGUGCUGCUGAAGUGUGGGAUAGACGUGGACAGUCGGGACAGUGAUGGCUGGACGGCUUUUCACGCGGCGACUCACUGGGGACAGGAAGAGGCCUGCACUCUGCUGGCUGAACACAUGUGUGACAUGAACGCUGUCAGUAAUGUGGGGCAAACUCCACUCGACGUAGCCGAUGAGAACAUCGUUGAGAACUUGGGAGAACUGCAGAAGAAGCAGAACGCUAUGCGUUCAGAGAGACAGAAGAUCCAGACGCCCGUCAUUGAGACCAGCCCACCUGUUUCCAUGGCGCCAACUCGCCCUCGCAGGACGUCCAUCUCUCGUAUGAGCAGUAAAGAGAAGAUCACCCUGCAUGAGCGAGAGAAACAUGCUCCGCCCUCACUCCAGACUCCGCCCACAGAAGAGGACGAGGACGAGUCGUCGCGCACAGCCGGCCAAUCCAAACCCUCCAGCAGCUCCAGUUCAGAGGAAGAGAGCGAAUCAGAGAGUGACGCCGAGUCAGAAAAAGCAAAAACUCGAGAAAUGAUCAACAACUUGAACAACAAACGCAAUGCAGCGCCCGUAGCGAGCUCUGUGACCAACACUGCCCUUAACCAGGUUAAAAAGGCUGAACCCGUCCGGACCCCGGUGACAGAGGCUCCAGGUUCCUGGAGGACGUCUUUGCGUAAAGCAGGAAGUUCUGUGACCCUGGGCUCGGCCGGGGCCUCUGAGCCAACCACUGAGGCCCUCAAGGACCCCGAGACUAAACUGGGAAUGACACGCUCUGCAUCCAGUCCCAGACUGAGCUCUGAAUCUGACAAUAAGGAGCCCAGGUUGGCCCGUGUUCAGCCCACUCCGUCCAGACGCCUUUUCAGCAUCAGUGACACCAGCACCAACCCCGACAACUCCAGCAGCUUGUUGAGCCGCAGCUCUUCAUACACGCGCCGAUUGAACAGCCAGUCCGGCGCUGAAGUGUCGGCUCCGAACCCCUCGUUACCUCGCAGCUCGUCUUAUGGAAGGAAACUUGACGACCCUUCAGUGACCUCUGUAACCACGGCAACCUCUGGACUGAGUCGCCUCAGUAGUCUAGUGGCUCAGAGGUCGGCUCAAGAAGAGGCCGAAAGGAAGGAGCCCGUCUCGAAUUCUGUAACCACGACAACCACAUCAGGCGAGCCAGAGACCAAACAGAGACGCAAGUCCUAUCUGACUCCAGUGCGUGACGAGGAAGCAGAAGCUCAGAGAAAAGCCCGAUCCAGACAUGCUCGUCAGUCCAGACGCUCCACGCAGGGUGUUACUCUCACAGACCUGCAGGAAGCGGAGAAGACAAUGAAGACGGAAAACAAGGGGAAGGAGCAGAAGAAAGAAGAGGAGGAGAAAGAAGGGAAGCAAAAGAAGGGAGAGGAAGGGGAAGUGAGCUGGCGGUCUCGUAUUGCUAACCUGCAGAAGUCAGAUUUGCUGGGACUCACACACCCUCCUGGUGCUCCACGUCCUGACAGACAGGAUGCAGACAGCGAGGAGCGAGCGAGGGAGCGCAGGAGAGCCAGAGCUCGGAGGAGAGGGAAAACAGGAGAGAGCGAUGACAACGACCCCAGUGGAGAGGAGGAGAGUAGCAGUGGGCGGGACCCACAGACAGACAGACACACGAGCAGCAGGUCUGAUUUGGUCUUGAAUGACUGUAUUCUCACGAGGGGAUCAGAGUCCAGGGACUUUAAGAAGUUGUUCGAGGAGAUGUCCAGGGAGAACCGCCGUCUGCAGUCACAGUUAUCAGACACACAGAGAACCAUUUCACUGACCCGGGUGGAGCUGGAAAAGGCCACACAGCGGCAGGAGAGAUUCACGGACUGCACGGCUCUGUUGGAAAUGGAAAAGAAGGAGAAAAGGAUGUUAGAGAGACGUGCCGCUGAGUUGGAAGAGGAGUUGAAGGUUUUAGGGGAUCUGAGAGCCGACAACCAGAGGCUGAAGGACGAGAACGGCGCGCUCAUCAGAGUCAUCAGCAAACUCUCCAAAUGAAGACCGAGAGAGAGAAAGAGAAACCGUACCACCCCGACAUCCUUCCCAAGAACCAAAGAAUGCAAGAGAGGAGGAGAGUGUCACUGUUUUAUGACAGCUCACAGUUAGCCCUGAUCUUUUAAUUUCCUGUGCGUGUGGCGUGUUUGAAUUUCAUCCAACUUCAUCAGCGGAGCUUCAGAUUUCCCUAUUUCCCUCUCUCUCUCUCUCUCUCUCUCUCUCUCUCUCUUUCUCUUUCUCUCUCUCUCUCUCUCUCUCUCACACACACACUCUCUCUCGCACUCGUAUAGGGACGCAUGCACCAUGCACAUUCCCAUAAGCGUGAGCGCGCACACUCCACACACAUUCCACGAGUCUCAGGCAGCUGACGUCUGCAGUAUUUUUGCAUCUUUGCACAAACACACACACACACACACACAAAAUGGAGAGGUUCAACCCUAAACUCCACUAAAGGUGGUCUGAACAUGUCACUCCAAUCCAUCGACUCCAGAAACCAGCGCGACAAUCAUUCGUUGAAAACACCGAAAACACGCCAGCUGUGCCGUGUAUCUUUUCCGGCAAGCCAUGAGGAAAUGUCUAUUUUUGUGGUUUUUACCUUUGUUUGAAUCAUCCGUGCUCUCUGCGUCUUCUGAAGCGAGGGCGACGGCUUUGUUUAUUGUGUA